AUCUUCGUUCUGGACAACUCUAUGCGAGAGAGUACUGUUGGGCAACUUAGAGGCCAUUCGAUUGAAAGAAACGCGCCAUCUUGAAUGAAGUAAAGAAAUGUGGUUUCAAACAUACCAUCAUAGCCUCGUUUUCGCACAUGACGCGAGUGGAUGAUGAAUGGAUGAAACUGCUGAUUGAUGAAGGCGAAGAUCCCGAGUAUUUAUGGGCUUUCUCUGAGGUGACUGAAGGUGCCAAACCAGAUCGCACUCCCGAAACUGAAACUGUGCCAGUUGGACUGCGAAAAAUAAAGGAAGCAGGCGUACGUAACGUAUUUUUCGAGGUAGAUCUUGGUGACGCCACGUAUGAUUUCGAUCGUUUUUCCAUGAAAGAGAUGUGCAAGCUCACCAAAAAGUGGAUAAGAUGGUGCUACGACAAUCUGCACCCAAAUGCCAAAGUUUUGAUUAACAUCCGAGAUAUAGAGGCAGUAAUGGAAACGCAUCCUGAACGUGUGUGUAAGUUUGUCCAAUCUAUCUCGAAGAUGCCCUGUGACAGACGUCCAUUUGGCUUUGCAUAUGAAGAGCCCGGGAAGUCUUUACCAGAGGAAUGCGGACAUUGGGCGAGGCUCAUCCGGAAGAUUAUGGAUGCUAACAACUUUAAUGGGCAUUUGCUUGUACAUGUGCAUGAGAAAUAUGGCUAUUGUGACGCAACAGCUCUACAGUGCUUGAUGGACGGAGCUGAUGGUAUCUGGGCAAGCAUGUGUGGAGAAGGAGCGGCCAUGGGUCAAGCGUCGUCUUGUGUCACUCUUAUGAACAUGAUCCGCCUAGGCAACGAGAAGGUGUUGAAGGCAUACAACUGUCAGAGUCUGCGUAGAUCUGCCAUAGAAGUGACAAAGAUCACCACGGGGAAACUCCCCCAUAAGAGGCAGCCCAUAUUUGGCACCAGAGCUCUUGAUUAUGUCUUCAAUCUGACGAAAGAUCAAUUUCAUUUGGCUGAUUUCUUUGGUGUAAAGGCACCCGUUCGUAUCACAACAAUGGCAUCUGCUGAGAUGAUAAAACAGAGGUUAAUUAACUUAUUUGGUGAAGAUUCUCAAUUCAAUCUUGAGAUUGCUACCCGUAUGAAGGAGAUUAUCUUAGAAGACCUGCGAUCAAACAGGAGAGUGGAGUAUAUGAGUAGUUUUGGACUGGCUGUCCUGUUCGAUCGAGCUGGUGGCUCCCUCACCGCAGACAUGCGUGACAGAAUAACGGCUGUUGGGCAAAAGGAACCGCACGUCAAAUACCUAAUUGGAGAAAUUCGUAAAAUUUGGGAUGAACUGGAUGCACGAGAGGAAAAUGAAAGAGACGAUAUGCUGGCAUUCGAUUCGUUCUACCACGGCUUUAUGGCUCAGUACUUUGCCUCGUAUCGCACCAAGGAGACUAAACAAGCUCUAAAGGCUUUGGAUAUGGAUGUUGACGGGAAGGUCGACUGGAAUGAAUUUAAGGUUUAUUUGACAUGGGCUGCGAACGAAUAUCCCGAGACGGAAACGCCCGAAGAUCUGCUAGUGAUUGUAUUCACGGAAGCAAUAAUUCCAGCAAGUAGAGAUGAAUACGUUUCACCUACAGACAUUAUAAACAGUUAG